AUGAGUUUCCUCAGUUCGGUUCUCUCGUCUAUAGAGACUGGAACUCCAACAUCACUCCCGCCAAUAACCCCGCGACCAACACCCGACAAAUCUGAACCCAGAAAGCUAACACCUUCAGCGCCUGUAUCUACCAGACCGACCAGCAGUAAUACCUCGGCGGGCAUCAAACGAAAAGCCGAGGAUUCUCUUCGACGACUGGAGAAACCAUCGUCCACAUCAAAUGGUAGUGCAAAUGGUAGCGAUGUGAAGGCGCGACCCAAAGCGCCGUUGCCUGCCGCUCGUCCGGCAGUUGCGAAGAAGCCUACCCCGCCGGCCGCACCCGCGAAGCCACCUCCAAAAGGAUCAUUUGCAGAUUUGAUGGCCAAAGCCAAAGCGGUUCAAAAGGAGGCUCCCAAGGUCGGCGUGUUGAAGCAUCAAGCGGCUCUACCAAAAGAAAAAAUCAGCAAGACAGAAAUGAAAAGACGCAUGGAGGCGAUCGCCAAAGGGAAGGAAGCGGCCCGCCCAGGGAAACGACACGGUGUCAGUCCGGCUCCUAAUGCAAAGAGAGUUGAUGGAAAGCCUGGUUUCGAUGCCUCCGCUAAGAAGCGAGAGCCCGAGGAGAACGCUUACAAAGGAACUGCGCGUUCAGCCCAACCUUCAUACAAGGGAACGGCAAACUUGCCUGCGAGACACAAGGAUGCGGAUCGGCGACGGGCUCCUCGCCGUGAUGAAUAUCUAGGUACAGAUGAGGAAGAUGAAGGAGAUUUUUACGACGAUUACGACGAUUAUUACUCCGAUGAAUCUUCAGACAUGGAAGCUGGGUAUGGAGACAUGGAGAAAGAAGAAAUCGCCGCUCUUCGUGCUGCUCAGAAAGAAGACGAAGAGGAUAUACGGAGGGAGGCGGAAGCAAAGCGGGCGAAGAUGGAAAGAAGGCAGAAGCUGACUGCGUUGGCAAGGGCGAAGCGAUGA